UGUCUUCAUCUCCUUCACUCUCUCGUCUCUCUCACAUCACAUCGCUACAUUGCCAAAAAUCUCGAUUUCGGAAAACCCUAGAGAGAGAGAGAGAGAUUUGGAAUUCGAAAUUCCAGAUUCUUCAGAUGUAUUUCUCCGGAGCGUAGUAGUCUCGAAUUUUUUUUUGGUUUUUUUUUGUACACUAAUGCCUCCGCGGCUCCCGUCGUCGUCGUCUCGUCGCGGCGUCGUGUGGUUUCGAUGGAAGCUAAUCAUCUCAUUCUCCGCUGCGUUAUGCAUCCUCGCUCUCUUCAGUAUCAAUCGUCAGUCUAAUUCCACCGCGACGACGACGACGCUGUCUUCGUCGCUCUCUGUAGCGAGAUCUCGUAUCCCGCGGAGCACGUACUCCGGCGAUCGUCCGAAACUCGCGUUUCUUUUCUUAGCACGACGUGAUCUGCCACUUGAUUUUCUCUGGGACAGGUUCUUCAAGGGUGCAGAUCAGAGGAAUUACUCAGUUUAUAUACAUUCAGUACCUGGUUUCGUGUUUGAUGAAUCCACAACUCGAUCUCAGUUCUUCUACAAUCGCCAAUUGAAGAAUAGCAUUGAGGUAGUUUGGGGAGAAUCAAGCAUGAUUGCAGCAGAGAGAUUGUUGCUUGCAACUGCUUUGGAGGAUCCUUCUAAUCAAAGAUUUGUUCUUUUGUCUGAUAGCUGUGUUCCGUUAUACGACUUUGGUUACAUAUACAGAUAUCUAAUGUCUUCACCCAAAAGUUUUGUAGACAGCUUCCUUGAUAAAGAUAAACGCUACACCAUGAAAAUGUUUCCUGUUAUACGGAGAGAGAAAUGGCGAAAAGGAUCUCAGUGGAUAUCAUUGAUCAGAAGCCAUGCAGAGGUCGUUGUUAAUGAUGAUACUGUGUUCCCUGUUUUUCAGAAAUUUUGCAAGCGAUCUCUACCUCUGGAUCCUAGAAAGCAUUGGCUUUAUCUUAAAAAGAGACGUCAUAACUGCAUCCCUGAUGAACAUUACGUACAAACUCUGCUAACAAUGCGUGGCUUGGAAAAUGAAAUGGAACGGAGAACAGUGACAUACACUACAUGGAACCUAUUAGCCAAAAGAGCUGAAGCCAGAUCUUGGCAUCCUCUCACUUUCACAUCUGACAAUUCCGGGCCAGAGGUCAUUGAAGGAAUAAAGAAAAUCAACCAUGUAUAUUAUGAAUCGGAGUAUCGAACAGAAUGGUGUCGGGCGAAUUCAAAACCUGUUCCGUGCUUUCUCUUUGCGAGAAAGUUCACUAGAGGAGCCGCAAUGCGUCUUUUGAGUGAAGGAUUAGUAGAGUCAUCAACAGAUACAAAAACCUUUUAGAUGAAAAAAAAAAGUAAACACAAAGGUAUUAUACAACUAAGAAAGAAGAAACCAAGAUUAACAUCAGAAGAAAAGGAAGUUAAUUUAGAAUAUACAGAUGAAGCAUACAGAUAGUACAUUAAUCCUUGAUUAUAUAUGAAAGUAGUUUAGUACAAACUACACAGCCAUGUUUUUCCUUUUUUGGUAUUAAAAAUGGCAACUCAUGAGAUUCCUAUAGAGAAUUUAUGAUACAGAUGUUUUAAGGACAUAAUUAAUGUGAUGGUUCUAUAAUCUAUAUACCAUGUAGGACAUUGGUA